CUAUUCAACAACUCUUAUUGCUUGACGUAUCUCAUUAUCUUUUUCUUAUUUUAGUUCCACUCUCUUGCUUCUCUCACACUAAUAUACAGAACAGUUCCACUGCCAACCCCAUUGGUUCUUUUUGCUUUUCAAAUUCCUCUUCUUCCCCUUUUGGCUUCCAAAAAAUAUCAAGCAGAACAACUUCUUGGUGGUCUUUACUUAGGAUCGCUCUGCUUUGUUCGUUUACUUCAUCUGUUAAGCUUCUUUCCCCUGUUUUCUGAUAGUCUCUUCAGUUUUACGCUUCAUUUCUUGUUUGAGUUGUGCUCAAUUUGCAACUAUUUUUUCUCUCUACUCAUUGGGAGGGUCUAGGUGGGUUAUGCCUGAGCAGUAAAAUCAGAUUCUUUUUGCAAUUUAUUUCAAAGAUUCUUUAGCUCUCUUAUAAAGGGUAUUCCAAUUCCCACUAUAUGAUUCUGAAUUUAAGGUCUUUCGGGUAUCAUAAAAAUCUCAUCUUUUUUUUUUUCCUAUUCACACUGCACAUCAAAUGUCUUCAACACUUAGAGGGUAGGUAACAAAUGGAAAUAAGCGUAUUCUAUUUUUAGUCUUAAUAAGAAAAUUGAGGAUUCUGGUUAUUGUAAUUGUCGCCAAAAAAAAAAAAAAUGGAGACUUUGUCGCCUACUUCGCUUAUACCAAAUUCAAGCUGGAUGAUGAUGGAACAGAGGAAAAGCAGUGAAUGGACACAAGAAGAGAACAAGAAGUUUGAAAGUGCACUUGCAAUAUACGAUGAGACAACUCCGAAUAGAUGGUUUAAGGUGGCGGAUUUGAUACCUGGGAAGACAGUGUAUGAUGUGAUGAAACAGUACAAAGAAUUAGCAGCAGAUGUUAGUGACAUAGAAGCUGGCUUGUUCCCGGUUCCUCCUACGUAUUUCACCUCGUCUUUUAUGCUUGAUUUGGUCGAUGAUCAUCAUCAUCGCGGUGUUCAAUCGUUUAAAAAGAGAGGCAGAUGUUAUGAUCAAGAAAGAAAAAAAGGUGUCCCAUGGACUGAGGAAGAACACAGGAGGUUUCUGAUGGGACUUGACAAGCAUGGGAAAGGGGACUGGAGGAACAUAUCAAGGAAUUUCGUGAUCUCAAAAACGCCAACACAAGUAGCGAGUCAUGCUCAAAAAUACUAUUUGAGACAGCUUUCAGGAGGAAAAGAUAAGAGGAGACCUAGCAUCCAUGACAUUACUACUGUCAAUCUCACCAACAUCGACUUGUCCGACAACAAUCUAAACAGCAGCAACAAUAAUAAAUCUCUAUCUUCUUUUGCGGUUAACAACCCGUUUCAGAACUCAAAUGAUGGAGCCUUGAUGGCGUUUGGAUCGUCUUAUAACCGCAGCUCGUACCCCUAUGAGCUUGGCUCAGUACUGUCUCGGGGUAGAUAUGGAACUGACAAUAUUAGUGCUAGUGACAAUUCCCAGAUACAGCGAUAUCAGAUAUGGGGUUGAAUAGUUCAAGAAUGUCGAUCUUGGAUUUUGGUUUUGUGAUCUUAAUGUGGUGUAAAUCUUGAGUAGUUAUUACUUGGCAAUUAGGCCUACUCUCUCUCUCUGCUGCUUUCAGACUUUACCAAUGAAAUCGACUAAAGUUUAUCAAUUUGCCUCCUUUUUCUUGAA